GCGAGAACAUGCUCCGUCCGCCGGCGUCUCUGCGAGUCUUUCUGGGAAUAAAAAGGCUGAGGGGGCAGGGGGGAAGGAUAGUCUUACCCAUUCGCAUUCGUCCUCUCAGUUCCACCAGAUACUGCGUAGUGAGUGAGCCCUGCUGCCCGAUGCCGUCCAUCUCCCUGAUCGUCCUUCCAGUCUUGGUCUUCGUUUUUGCAACGUUACUACUUGCCGCCGUUCCGAGCAAACCCUUUCGUCCUAUCAGACUCUCUGCGCCUCUGAUUUAACCCCGUUCCUCUUCUCCCAUCGUUCCUUCCUUCCAUCAAACAUACAAGAUGUACCACAAGAUCUCAACCAUUGCGUCCGUUGUGCUCCUCGCCUGCGCCGUCGCGCCAGCAAUCGCUGCCCCCAUCCCCGCUCCCGCAAUCCCCAACACCACCACGUCUGGGGCCCGUGCGGUGGGUGAGUUCAGUGGACAGAAAGCGCGCAACGCGGACGGACGCGCGCUGCCGGGGAUCUCGAGCCUUGGUGCUCUAGGAAACCUGAUUCCGGGGCUUGGGGCGGGUGGCGGCUUCGGUGCAGGUGGCCUUGGUGCAAGUGGCCUCGGUGCUGGUGGUCUCGGUGCUGGUGGUCUCGCCCCUCUGACGUCUAAGCGGGCGGAUAUUGCGUCGUUGUUAUUGGAGCUCUACCGCCGGGAAAUCUCUGAGCAUGGAGUACUUGCGAUCGAAUCCGCACUGGGAGUCGGCACCGGGGUCGCUGCUGCGCAAAGCCUGGCCGCUGAGAUCAAGAAUCUGCUGGGAGGGCGCGAGCUCAGCGUUAUGAACGAGUUGGAUUGA